CGAACGACUAAUUCAGGUCGUAUACGGGUACAGUCAAAUAACCCGACCCGAAAUGCUCAACGGAUCUGCACGGACGUUCGCAUCGACGAUUCACGGCUUUCGCGAAUCGCAUCACGAGCCUUCCUUCUCUCCUACGCCUCUUUCAUCAACCCUUCUCUGCGAAUCCAAUUCUGAUAAAAGUUUGUAAAGAAUGACAAAGAAAAUGAGAAGAGUGGGCAAGUACGAGGUUGGUCGCACAAUAGGUGAAGGAACCUUUGCUAAGGUUAAGUUUGCGAGGAACACAGACACUGGUGAUAAUGUAGCCAUCAAAAUUAUGGCUAAGAGUACAAUACUUAAGAACAGAAUGGUUGAUCAGAUAAAAAGAGAGAUAUCUAUAAUGAAGAUUGUUCGUCACCCGAACAUAGUGAGGUUGUAUGAGGUGUUGGCGAGUCCUUCGAAAAUAUAUAUAGUUUUGGAGUUUGUGACAGGAGGAGAGCUCUUUGAUAGAAUUGUUCAUAAAGGGAGGCUUGAAGAAAGUGAGUCUCGGAAAUACUUUCAACAGCUUGUAGAUGCUGUUGCUCAUUGUCACUGCAAGGGUGUUUACCACCGUGACCUAAAGCCAGAAAAUCUUUUACUCGAUACAAAUGGAAAUCUGAAGGUUUCGGAUUUCGGACUCAGUGCAUUGCCUCAGGAAGGAGUAGAACUUCUGCGUACCACAUGUGGAACUCCGAACUAUGUAGCUCCAGAGGUACUUAGUGGACAGGGUUACGAUGGUUCAGCAGCUGAUAUUUGGUCUUGCGGGGUUAUUCUUUUCGUUAUAUUGGCUGGAUAUUUACCUUUUUCCGAGACGGAUCUUCCAGGGUUGUACAGAAAAAUAAAUGCAGCAGAGUUUUCUUGUCCACCGUGGUUUUCCGCAGAAGUGAAGUUUUUAAUACAUAGGAUACUUGACCCCAAUCCCAAAACACGUAUUCAAAUUCAAGGAAUCAAGAAAGAUCCUUGGUUCAGAUUAAAUUAUGUGCCUAUACGAGCAAGGGAAGAAGAAGAAGUGAAUUUGGAUGAUAUUCGUGCAGUUUUUGAUGGAAUUGAGGGCAGUUAUGUAGCGGAGAAUGUAGAGAGAAAUGAUGAAGGGCCCCUGAUGAUGAAUGCCUUUGAGAUGAUUACCUUAUCACAAGGCUUAAAUUUAUCUGCACUAUUUGACAGGCGACAGGAUUUUGUUAAAAGGCAAACCCGUUUUGUUUCUCGAAGGGAACCUAGUGAGAUAAUUGCUAACAUUGAGGCUGUAGCGAACUCAAUGGGUUUUAAGUCUCAUACACGAAACUUCAAGGUAACGAAUUCCUAGCAUAUUACACUUAUCACAGAGAUUAUGCAUUAUUUUAAAACUCUCAACUGUUAAACGCAUGUGUAGAUAGAUUGAUAAGAUUGACAAGGAAACUUAGUUUAUAUCUCUGGCGUUCAAAAACGAAAGUCCUAGUGUGAAUUAUCAUUUUUAAUGUUAGCAGAGAGUACAAUUGUUAUGAUUUGUUACGUCUAUGUGCUCAACAGACAAGGCUCGAGGGAUUAUCUUCGAUCAAGGCCGGACAGUUAGCUGUUGUGAUAGAGAUUUACGAGGUGGCACCAUCGCUUUUCAUGGUAGACGUAAGAAAGGCUGCUGGUGAAACUCUUGAAUAUCACAAGUUCUACAAGAAGCUAUGUUCGAAACUGGAAAACAUAAUAUGGAGGGCAACAGAAGGAAUACCAAAGUCAGAGAUUCUCAGAACAAUCACGUUUUGAUCCCAACUUAAAUCCAAUAAAAAUGUACACUUGUGUAAUAAAUGACCUAAUUAUUCUUCAGGGAGAUUGGAAGAUUUGCUUCUUGAGCUAGUAUUCUAAUUUGAUUGUGUCUUGUAGUUUGCUUUGGCCAUUGGUUUGGAUCCCUCUGUUCUCUGUGUAUGGCAAUACUUCUCAAAACUUGUCCUGCGAAGACAUGUACUAACAAAACACAUCCAAUAUGAGUUUGCUUACUAGA